ACGGAGAACUGGACGGGCAUCCCUUCCACCCGACCGAUUCAAUACCAUAAAACUGCUGUCUACAAGGCUUCGCAGCAGCCCUUGGGUCAUCGCCCGAGACUGCCUCCAACUACUGGGGCACAUGUCCUCGUGCACUUUCGUGGUCCAGAAUCCACGCCUCCACAUGAGGUGCUUCCAAGCUUGGCUGGCCACGGUUUACAAACCAAACGUGCACUCACUAAACAAACAAUUAACCAUACCUUACUGGGUCAAAGACUCUUUCAUAUGGUGGACAGUCCCCGACAACCUCUGCUCUGGAGUCCCCUUCCUCCAGACUCCCCCAACUGUGAUGAUGGCGACCGAUGCAUCCCUCACCAGCUGGGGGGCCCACAUCUCUCACCAAACAAUCCGUGGGCUAUGGUCUCAUUCCGAGACCUCCCUGCACAUAAACGUUCUAGAAUUUCGAGCUAUACGGAAUGCUUGCCGCUGCUUCCUCCCACUAAUCAAGAAUCCGCAUGUACACAUAAUGACAGACAACAUUGCCUGCAUGUUCUACGUAAACAGACAAGCAGGGGCUCGUUCCCACUCUUUGCUCAAAGGCCAUGAAACCCUGGAAUUGGUGCCUUGCGAACCACGUCUGGAUAUCAGCUGCUUACAUCCGAGGCGUGAUGAGCACCACUGCCGACGAGCUAAGCAGACGUUUCCCUUCGGAGCACGAAUGGGAGAUAGACAAGAGAAUCAUUCUCAACAUAUUUCGCACUCGGGGUCACGCAACCGUAGAUCUCUUCGCAACCGCGAAAAACACGAAAUGCCUCAAUUUCUGCUCCAGGGCGGGACUGGGGAAACACUCCCUCGGGGACGCAUUCAUGAUCUCAUGGCACCGGCCCUUCGCUUAUGCUUUUCCCCCAAUACCAUUACUCAACAGGGUCCUCACGAAGAUACGGACGGAUCGUGCCAGGAUAAUCUUGAUCGCACCUUCAUGGCCGAGACAACCGUGGUUCCUGUUCCUCACCAGAAUGUCAAUUCAACCACCGAUCUCCUUGCCUCUCAUCCCGAACCUCUUAUCACAGCAGCACAGCCGACUUCUUCACCCCAAUCUCUCCAUGCUUCACCUCAAAGCCUGGUACCUGCAUGGUUCUCCCAACGAGAACUAGACUGUUCCGAACAAGUUCAGAGGGUACUUCUACACAGCAGAACACAAUCCACCCAUACCACCUACCUCCGAAAGUAGAAAAGAUUCACAAAAUGGUGCUCAACCAAACAACUGUCUCCUACCUCUGCACCUCUUCCCUGCAUACUCAAUUAUCUAUUGGACAUUAAACAAUCCGGCCUUUCAUUCAGCCCAAAAUUCCUUCCAAAAGUUCAUGCUUCAUUUCACCUCAAUGAACCAAUACACCUACCAACUUUCUUUCCAAAACCACAUGCAAACUCCUUCGAGGCCACAGUGCACACACUUGACGUGCGUAGGGCCUUAUCCUUUUAUCUGGACAGAACCAAACCCUUCAGAAACUCUCCUAGACUCUUUGUCUCCAUCACAGGCCAUUCCAAA